UAAACUUUAAAUAAUACAUAAUUACACACAACAGGCAAAUCGCAGACUUUUCUUUUUUCCCCUGCAAAAGUAGUUAUAUUGUGUUAUUUAAAAACUGAUAUACUCUCUGCUAGACCAGUUUAGACUAACUAGUACAUUUCUUUUAACAAACACAUUAUUAAAAAUCAAAUAAAAUAGUUAAUGUGUACAUCAGUGCUGUGUUGUGUUUGAAAUUCAAAGCAAACUCAUUUAAAGCCUCAAACCUUUAUCUGUCCUCACUUUCCUGCGCUCUUGCUCUUGCACUGCGCGAGCGCUGAGUGUGUCUGAUUGGCUGAGCGAACACUGUCCUCUGAUUGGUUCAAAGUUUUUGCUGUUAAAAGUUUCAAUGACCAGCUGGGCUUUAUACGGCGCUGGGUUGCCAUUGCGGACAGACUGUACUCACAAACAAGCGAUGGACGUGCGUUGAAUUAAAACAUUUUUUUUUUUUGCGCUCCAUGUUUACUAAAAUAAUAAUAUUUGGAAAACGUGAAAUAAGUCAUUCUGAUUCUACUAAUAGACAUGGCAGCUGUGAGCAAUUCUACUAUGAAGACUUUGGAGGAUUUGACUCUAGACUCUGGAUAUGGAGCCGGCGACUCGUACAGGUCCCUCAGCCUGUCCUCCUCCAAAUCCAACUCUCAGGCGCUGGUCAGCUCUCCACAGCGGGGCAACUGGUGGAGCUACACGGGCUCCAUGAACAGCAGAAACAACAGCUGGGACACGGUCAACACGGUGCUUCCUGAAGACCCUGAGGACAUCAUCUCCAAAUGCCCGAGACUACCAGAAUUAGAGGAGUUCCCCUGGACAGACGAGGAGAUCGAUGUGGUCCUGCGUAAAGUUGCUGGAGAGGGUCUGUGUUUCGCUCCGGAGAGCGUCAGGAGUGUUUCGGUGCUAAUGCGCAGAGCUUUACUGCGGAUCUCCAGAGAGGCGCAGCGGUUGAGUGUGGUUCAUUGCAGGUGCACGCGGUUCGAGGUGCAGAGCGCGAUGAAGCUGGUCAUGAGCUGGGCUUUGGCGGAAAGCUGCGUCUCGGCCGCGAUUAGGGCCAUCUCACUGUACAGUAUGAGCGCUGGAGAGGUCCUGCGCAAGAGCAAGUCUUCCCGCUGCGCGCUGAGCUUGUCUGUCGGGCGCUUUUUCCGCUGGAUGGUGGACACUCGCAUCUCAGUGCGCGUUCACGAGUACGCAGCCAUCUGUUUGACCGCUUGCAUUGAAAAUCUGGUACAGGAAAUUGGGCUCCGUGUGCUGCUGGCAGCGCAAAAUGGGACCAACAGCUAUCCAGUGACGGCUGAAGCGCUCGAAGCUGUGGUCUGCAACGACGCGGAGAUAUUUGGUCUGGUGCAAAACUACGAGCAUCUCAUCUGCGGGAAGAACGCCAAUGGAGAGCUGUCUCUGCCUGCCCAUUUCAGCCUGUAUGCUGAGGGUCCAGAUGCAGCGGUGGAGAGCAGAGAAACUGCAUAUGCUCAGCUGGAGCUGCGGACGCUGGAGCAGGCCCUGCUGGCCACCUGUGUGGGCAGUCUGUCAGAACUCAGUGACUUGGUUUCCCGUGCAAUGCACCAUAUGCAGCGUUUGGUUUCAACAAGUCCCGGUCUCAGUCCUGGACGUCCUUUCUGCCUGCAGCCCAUCUCCUGGUCUCCAGAUGCCCUUCACACUCUCUAUUACUACCUGCGCAGUCCACAGAUGGAGUCUCUGGAGAACCCCAACCUUGAGCCACAGAGGAUAGCACUCAAUAAAGAGAGGCCGUUUCCUCUUCUUCCUCCUCUGAUGGAGUGGAUGCGGGUCGCUAUGGUUCAUGCUGAGCAUCGGCGGAGCCUACUAGUGGACAGUGAUGAUGUCAGACAGACUGCCCGGCUGCUUCUUCCUGGGUUGGACUGCGAACCUCGACAGCUCAAGCCAGAGUGCUGUUUUACCUCUUUUAAACGUCUAGAUUCAAAGGCAGCCAUGGACAAGUUUAAUUUGGAUCUUGGCUUUCGCAUGCUCAACUGUGGCCGCACUGAUCUGAUUGGCCAGGCUAUCCAGCUUCUGGGCCGGGACGGAGUGAACACAAUGGAUGAUCAGGGCAUGACGCCGCUGAUGUAUGCCUGCUCAGCCGGGGACGAGGCUCUGGUGCACAUGCUCAUUGAUGCUGGAGCAAACUUGGAUGUAGCGGUACCCAACUGCUCACCCAAACACCCGUCUGUUCACCCUGAGAGUCGCAGCUGGGUGGCCCUCACCUUUGCAGUGCUGCAUGGACACAUAUCUGUAGUGCAGCUGCUGUUAGAUGUGGGAGCAGAUGUGGAGGGCAGAGCCCUGAGAAACAGCCACCACAGCUCUGCAGAAACACCCCUCCAGCUGGCAUCAGCCUCAGGCAACUAUGAGAUGGUGAGUCUGCUGUUGUCCCGUGGCGCUGACCCCAUGCUGAGGGUACAUCUGACAUCAUCACUGUAUGAGGGCAUGAACUGCUUCAGUCAUGCGGCAGCACAUGGACACAGGAACGUGCUGAGGAAGCUGCUGAGUGAACCGCAGCGGCUGCAGGAGGAUGUGCUUUCUCUGGAGGAGAUCCUGGCGGAGGGAAGGGAGGAGCAGGAGAAGCUGGAGAAGAAUGGAGGAAACAUGAAGUCAGUUUGUACGUCGCAGCUGUGUAAGGCCCGAAUCAGAGCCCUGCAGGAGGCCAGUCUGCACAGCGCUGAACACGGCUAUCUGGACGUCAGCAUGGAGCUCAGGGCACUGGGAGUGUCGUGGAAGUUGCACGUAUGGCUGGAGUCGAUUCGCAGUGCACAGCUACAUUCCAGGACUGAACUCACACUUUCUCUCCUAAAAGACUUCACCAUUAUUGGGGAAGAAAAAUACUGCGAGGAGCUUCUGGCAGAGGGUCUUCCGUUCCUCUUCUCCAUUAUUAAAACCACCAAGAAUAAGGACAUCCGGAAGCAGCUGGCAGCCGUCUUUUGCCACUGUGUUUGUUCUACAGCUGCUCCAUCUAUUCUGGCAGUAAAAGACACUCCUACAGCUCAGCUUGAUGCUCAUUUUCUGAACAACUCUGAGAUGUCUGAUGUGAUAUUUGUGGUGGAAGGACGACCGUUUUAUGCUCACAGAGUUCUACUCAUGUCUGCGUCCCAGAGGUUUAGAGACUUGCUGAGUCUCUAUCAAAGCAAUGGCACAUCAGACCACAUGGCUAUCGAAAUCACUGACAUUAAAUACAACACAUUCAAGAUGAUGAUGGCACAUCUGUACUGUGGAGGAGCUGAAUGUUUAGAUGUUUCUGCGUCUGAUUUGCUGAAGCUUCUGCCCGUGGCUCACUCAUUCCAGCUUCCAGUUUUGAAGAGACACUGUGAAAUCCUCUGCUCAGAGAGAAUAAACCUCAACAAUGCUGUGAGCAUCUACCGGACUGCCAAAGUGAGCGAGGCGGUGGAGCUGGUGGUGUUUUGUGAAGGCUUCAUCCUGCAGAACAUGGUGGAUCUCCUGGACUGUGAGGCAUUUGAAGAGCUUCUGCUGGAUCCAGAAGUUCUGGACGGGCUUCAGGCUACUCUGGCUUCAAGACUGCACUCACUUUGUGGCCCACGGCGAGCUUGAAGGAAAAAAAAACUUUACAGAUUACAGAAGUAGCUCUGAUGCUGCUGGAAGUCAUGGUUAAAGGGAUAGUUUACCCAAAAAUGACAUUUUAAAGGGAUAGUUCACCCAAAAAUGACAAUUCUGUCAUCAUCACUUGUUUUAAACCUGU